AUGGAGGAGCCAAGCUGCACCGCGAGGUCGUUGCUGGCAGGGCUUUUCAUUGGCACCCUCAUCAGCCUGUCUAACACAUAUUAUGGCCUCCAAAUCGGUGCUGCGAGUCAAAUGUCCAUGGUGUCCGGACUACUAGGAUUCGCUGGCUUCAAAGCAUGCUCGAAGUAUCUCAGAGAGCCGUUCACCCCGGCAGAGAACAUCUUGGUGAUCAGCAUCGCUACAGCAUGUGGUUGUAUGCCAGUUAUGGCCGGGCUCAUUGGCGUUGUUCCUGCACUGGAGUUUCUCAUCAACGAGGAGGAAAAUGGGCCCAUGGUACUUCCGCUUGGUACGAUAUUUGUCUGGUCUGUCGCGCUUUCGCUUUUUGGUCUUAUAUUCGCUUCUUUAUUUCGCCAGUAUUUCAUCGUUCGAGAAAAACUACCAUGGCCUGGAGCACGCGCAACGGCCAAUCUCAUUGCAACCCUCCACAAUGAGGGCAAGCCCAUGCGCUCCCCUGCUCUCACAGCUGUGCAGACAGCCCAAGACGAUCAGACACUGCGGUCAUCAUCCCCAGACUCAAACUCUCUCGAGCCAGAAACGGCAUGGACAGAGAAGCUACGGGCUCUAUCUCAAGGAGCUGGGGCUGCUGGAAUCAUCUCCAUCGUAAUUUACUUUAUUCCCAUUCUCCGCCAGCUUCCAGUAUUUGGAAACAAUGCUGCAACAUCAUGGCUUUGGAGCGUCGAUCUUUCUCCCGGAUUUUUCGGCCAAGGCAUCAUCACAGGUCCAGUCAUCACGCUUCAUAUGCUACUAGGUGCAAUCGUAGGUUGGGGUAUUUUGUCCCCCUAUGCGAGAAACCAGGGCUGGGCUCCUGGGGAUGUGGACGACUGGUCAACUGGUUCCAGAGGUUGGAUCAUAUGGGUGAGCCUCGCUGCGCUACUAGCUGAUGCUUCGAUCAAGAUGUCAUGGUUACUUCUUAGCCCUAUUUUGAAACGGCGAGUCAUCAUUCAAACUUAUCUUCAGUCCAUUUGGAAGUCGGAUUCAGGCGAUCAGCCGCUUCUGAGGCCAUCACGUACCCAAUACAUGACAGUGGAACACAACUAUCCGGACGAGUUCUCAGCCCAGGACGGAAUGGCAGAUCAGCGUCCCACGCCCGGGAACCAAUCGACAUUCCGUAACGACAGCAGCAGAAUGCACUUCCGGAAUCACCAUGAUCACUGGAGAGCCCUCACAGCCGCUUUCAUCUCAAUCCUUGUCUGCACCGCUGCCGUGCAGUUACUCUUCGGCAGUAUAAUGCCGUGGACGUUCACUGUUAUCGCGAUAUUUCUGUCUCUCCCCAUGGCUGCAGUGGGCAUCCGCGCGUUAGCAGAGACAGACUGUAACCCGGAGAGCGCACUGGUCUCGCAGUGGAUCUUCACACUACUGGCGCCUGCAUCUAACCCCAACGCCCUCAUUCUCAAUCUACUCUCCGCUGCUAUCGCCCAAGCAGGCGCAAAUCAAGCCGGAGCCUUGUCAUACGAUUUCAAAGUCGGCCACCUAGUUGGGUCCCGUCUAGAUGUGCAAAUACCUGGCCAGAUAGUCGGAUCUCUGUUUGGUACCCUUGUGUCCGGGGGGAUCUACAAGCUCUACACGUCUCAGUAUCCGAUUCCCGGGCCCCUGUUUCGAGUUCCUGCGUCAUUUGUCGUUCUCAGCACGGCGAGGCUCCUUCUUGGUAGGGGAUUGCCCGACGGUGUAGGCCCAUUUGUGGUUGGCGCUGCGGUUCUCUCUGCGGUUGCCACCAUGGUCAAAAUGAGAUAUCACGACCGUUGGUGGCAGCAUUUGGUUCCCAGUGGCGUAGCUUUUGCGAUUGGGAUCUAUAAUACUCCGUCAUUUACAAUUACUCGCGCCGUUGGAGGUCUAGUUUAUCUCUGGUACAAGCAACGACAUCAAGGCGAAGGCAGCAUCAUUUUACUCGCAAGCGGUCUUCUGCUCGGAGAGUCUAUUGCUAGUCUCAUCACUUUGGGAAUGGGUGCCCUUGGUGUACCGCAUUUCGGGACCUAG